UCUUACGUGCCUUGGCUAGAAAAGUCAAGUAAACUGAGGCAGAAGGGAAAGGGAUGCUUUCCUUGGAAACACACAAGAGAGCCCGUUCCUCCCUCUGCUCCUUCGCUUUGCCUCCAUGCCUUCCUUCUUGCUGCCUCAACAGAUCUCUGCAGGCCCCCAACUGCCCAGGAGGAAAACGGAUGGACUUCCCUCCCUCCAGCAGAAGUCUGCGCUCCGAGAAAGUCCUUCCCAUCUCUUGCCUCAAGAGAAGAUUUCGCUUUACAAAUACUACGGGGUGAAACUACGCAACUCGAGACAGAAAGACCUGGUCAAGGAACAACUGAAAAGUCUUCUGGGUUUUUCAUUUCAAGAAGAAACAGACAGAGAAGGAAUCUCUGAAGCCAUCGGAGUGGUUGCCUUUUGCCAUCUUCCUGAGAUCCUGGUGGCCCUGAGGCAGGUUGGCCACUUUGUGCGUGCAAAGAAACCUGCUCUGCAAGAAGCCCCCUUUCAGGACCCACACUCUUGUUUUGAGAGACAAAUUCGCACAGCCGUGAUCCUGUGCUAUGGCCACGCAGCCCUGGGAGCCCAGCCAGAGGACCUGAUGCCUUUAGCGGAACACAUUGUCUCUGAGAUUCUCUUCCAGUAUUGGACCAGGAACAAGGAUGAAGCCUUGACGAAAGCGUUCCUGACGUCCGUGAUCAGGAUCACCAAGGCUCUUGUCCAGACCAAGAGUCAGGAUGUCCAUUUACCCCACAAAUCUGAACUGGCCCUCAAUAUAAAUGAAGUCAUUGAAAAUGAGCCCGUGAGUCCCUUGUCCGUCAGAAUUCUUCAUCAAGCGAUCAUCGCAAUCACCUGCAUGACUCGUUUGAAGCCUACAUUGAACACUGAGGUGAUGUCUAAGUUGGUGAACACAAGCAUCCAGAAGGUGUUUUCCCUGCCGGCUAUGACCAUGACCAAAGUGAAUGCAGGUAGCCCAAACCAGUCAACCUAUACUCAGGUGAGCAGUCCAGAUGAAGCAAAGCAAUAUGAGAUCCAUCUGGACCUUUGGUGGGAGGACGAGGUGAAACAUGAAUCAAGAUCUCCUCAAAAGCUCUGAAUCCAUCCAUUGAGCCAAAUGGCACCUUGGCCUGUCCCUUCAUCCCUGGCCUUGAAAGAAGGCUUCCAUUUCUCAUUCUACCUUUCUUGAUAGGACUAGUAUUUUUAACUUCUAAACAUCUCCAUGG